AUGGUCCUUCCAUUUUUGGUUCCCCUCCCAAUUGCUGAUUCCGCCUUCCCUAGCGACCCCUCCUCCGCUUUCCCCGCCACCGACGACGAGGGCGAGGAUGAGGAUCCGGAGGAGCUAGAGGUUGAAGCCAUAGAACAAAACGAUACCAAAAGGCGUACAGUGGAGGAACAACGCCAAGAUCAAGGAACAUCAGUUAGGCCUGAAAAAAUUCCCACUGGUGCAUCUAAAAAUGUUCAGGUCGGGGCAUGUCCACAUCUUGGAUAUAUAAAUGGACUUUGCUAUACAUGUGGCAAUCCACAAGACGAGGAAGAUGUUUCAGGAGUUGCUUUAGAUUACAUCCACAAGGGCUUGAAGCUAGGUACCUCAGAAAUUGACAGACUUCGUUGUGCUGAUUUGAAGAAUCUGUUGCGUGAAAGAAAAUUAGUACUCAUUUUGGACUUGGAUCACACACGGAUCAACUCGACCAAACUCCAAAAUAUUUCUUCUGCUGAAAAAGAUUUGGGUAUUCAAACUGCUGCUUCAAAAGAUGAUCCAAACAGAAGCAUCUUUGCACUAGAAUCAAUGCAGUUGCUCACAAAGUUGAGACCAUUUGUCCGAGAAUUUCUGAAAGAAGCAAGCAAUAUGUUUGAGAUAUUGCACCAGAAAGGUCUUGAUGUGAUUCUUGGAGCUGAAAGUGUUGCAGUGAUUCUUGAUGACACUGAGUUUGUAUGGAAGAAGCAUAAAGAGAACCUGAUUCUGAUGGAGAGAGAUCAUUUCUUUGCUUCAAGCUGCCGUGAAUUUGGUUUUGGUGUUAGGUCUUUGUCAGAAUCGAUGCAAGAUGAAAGGGAGAGUGAUGGUGCUUUGGCUACCGUUUUAGAUGUCUUGAAGCGCAUACACACGAUUUUCUUUGACAUGGCUGUUGAAACUGAUCUUUCUUCACGGGAUGUAAGACAGGUGAUCAAGGCGGUACGAAAGGAAAUACUGCAAGAUGUGGAUUCCAGUGUCACCCAUGUUGUAACUGUGGAUCUGGGAACAGAGAAGGCCCGUUGGGGUGUUGGCAACAAGAAGUUCUUGGUCCACCCACGCUGGAUUGAAGCAGCAAAUUUCCGGUGGCAUAGGCAACCGGAGGAAGAUUUUCCUGUCACUGCCCCGAAGGAAAAGAGCGGAGAGAAAGGUAAUGCUGUGGCUGGCAAGAAGGAAACGAGCAAGGAUAAGGAGAAUGCUGCAGCUGGACAGAAGGAAACGAGGAAGGACAAAGAAGAAAAUGAUGUGUCUAGCCAGAAGGAAACGAGGAACGAUGAAAGAAAUGUAGCCGGUCAGGAGAAAGAUGAUGCCAAAGAAAACGUUGUGGCCACAUCUACAACAGGCCCUGCUGACUCGUAA